AUGGACACGCUGGUGACUACUGAAAUCGGGGGGUUAGCUGAUUGUCGAGCGUUGCUGCUAGCAAUUGUGACUGGACUGGACCAGAGUCUGGACAAGGAGAUCAAGGUGUUUAGUGUACUGGAACAGUACUUGGCAACAUACAAAAGGGUAGACGGACAAGGAGCAGACGCUUCGUGCAUGUAA